AUGGAGACGUACCAUGGCUACGUACGGACUCCGGCGGAUGCCAUCAAGCUGUUUGAAGCUUGUCGGCUAGGCCUUCUACCUCGAGUUCAGCGUCGACUAUCAGAAAAGGAAAGACAAUCCAUCCGGUCCGGUUCAGUUUUCGUAUGGGAUGAGCGGGAAGCAGGCAUGAGGCGAUGGACUGAUGGAAAGUCAUGGAGCGCUAGCAGAGUAUCAGGCAGCUUCUUGACCUACCGCGAAAUGGAGGGCAAGCGAGGCGGUGGCUUUGGUGGAAGCAGACGAGGGAAUGGCAAGACACCAGAAUCCGGCCGCGGCAGUGACGAGGAUCACGACGAUGGCGAACCAGAGGGGUACCGUUACAAGGCAGAUGGUCUCAUGAAGCAGUCGUUCAGCAUAACAACUUCGACUGGCCAGCAUCUCCACCUCAUCUCCUACUACUCUCGACCCCAGCCUGGACAGCCCGAGCUCCCUCAGCCAACCACCGACCCCAAUCUGCGAGCAAUUGUACCUGUCAAGGGCAUGUAUCCUGAGUCAAGCAUGGGCGAGACGAACCAGACACCGGCACUUACCAGGGCGCCGAUGCAGCAGCCGCCCUACAUGAUUGCUCCUCAGCAUCACCCUCCUCACCCUGCUCACCAGCCAUACGCAACUCAUUACGCGCAGCCAGGAUAUGCGUGGCCUCCAUCGCCAGUUGCGACACCUCCGUAUGCCCAUUACGCUCCGGCCCUUUACUCUCAUCCUCCCCCCGGCCACCAUCUCCCGGCUCCAUACCAUUCCCAAGGACCUCCUCCGCCACACCAUGCGUAUGCGCCGCCUCCACCUCCGGCACCAGCGGCACCACCGCCACAUCACUACCAACAUGCCCCGGCUCCUUACGAUCGCCCUCCCCAGCAGUAUUCACAGGGACCGACGCCGCCCCGUAUUCACGAUUCUCCUCACCAACAGACCUUGCAGGCUGCCGCGCAAGCUGCUAUUGGAGACUCACGAAACAUGUCCGACAAGAAGCCCCAAGGGCCUCUUCCAGCUCUGGGUGCUAUUGCCAAUGGUCCUCUUGCUCCGGCGCACAGCGGACUGCACACCCCUCCUACGCGGACACUGAGCUCGAGUCCGCCGCAAAGCUCUCACCUGGAGGUCCACAGCACGAACAGCAACAAGGCUAGCCUGUCUGUGCUUUUGCACCCGACGACCUCUUCAAACUCAGAGGCUGGCGCAAACGGCAGCGCGCACAGCAGCCCAAGGACAUCAAACGUUGCUCUUGCGGAAAAGGGAGGCGCAAGUGAAGAUACUCGUGCCCUAAGGAUGCUUGAUCGCAAGUUCUGUAUCUGA